AUGGUCACCAGUACGGCUUUUGCUUUGUUGUUCUUUGUUGGCGUACGACACCUCUCAGUCAGAAGCACCCCGUGCUGUGACCUCAUUGCCUACCGUCAUGCCUAUCAUUUUCAGAGAGGGGUGGAGGACCAGCAGUUCUUGGUGACUAUUCUCGGCCGAUGGAGUCGCUUCAUCCAAGUCCUGGACCUUGCUUGUUCACAGUGGUCAAAGCGGACUCUCAGCCGGGACCCAGCAGGUGAUCCCCUUGACAACUUGAACCACGUCUACACAGUGCUUGUUGACAAGCUGGGUGGUGGUGGCAAGGAGGUGUGGCUCCCCUGUGGCUUUCGAGGCGAUGAGGUUGACCAGGAGUUCUCCAUCAAGUACAUGCGAAUCUUAGACUUGGCGCUUGAACUGCGAACCGGCCCGAAGCUGCCGUUCGCCGGCAGUGCCUGUACGGCGGAGGCUCUGGACAUAAUUCCGGAUGAGCCCCCGAUGAUCUGCAGCUUCGGUGGAAGGAAUGGCAACCACAACUCGGGCAUUUUCCAGCCAUAUGCAACAUGUUACGACCGCCUGCGGGAACGAUUCUGGUUUUUUUUUGGCAAGAUGCCAUACGGCAUGGAUCAUGGUAGCAUCGUGGUAACACCUCCUGGGGUAUGUGGUGCCCAGCGACGGUCUGUGAUCAUCCUCAACUACCGCAUAGCUCCUAAUUGA